CUUUAGAGGCAUUCAGGAACAUGAAUACAGUCGGUUCGAAGCUCUUUGACUCUUGACCCUGUCUGGGAAUUAUCAAUCCUGGGUUGGGAAUGACCACAGCGAAUGAUUUUUUUUGACACAUUUUGACUUCAUAAUGUCCAAAGGAAAAAGUCAAGAUGCGGCUGCAGGUGAGAUCAUAAACUCUGUGUAUUGCUAUUGAUGUCACACAGCGAAGGGCCGCCAGCAUCCCCAACACAGGCCGAACCACGGACCUCAGCACUGACUCACCGAGCCCCACUCCUCCGGGAGGAGGCGGUGGCGUUGCCGGGGGUGACCGGGCAGAAGGAGGCCGGCGAGAGCAUCAUGUCGCCCAGGAGCUGUGGUUCAUUGUGGUGAUGGCUGCCAUCGCCCUGCUGCUGCUGGCCGUCGUGUUAGGAGUCGUGCUUCACAGGGCCCUGAAUAAACCCCCCCUCAGCAGGGCGAGGCCUCCUCUGGUCGCUCUCCCCAUGCAGAAGAGGAGCCCCAUGGCUGUGUACCCGCCCAGCAACUCUGUCCUGUUUGACAUGUUGCCAGACACUACAGGCUUCUCCAGCAGCGUGACCCUGAAGGGAUUCUCCAUGAAGAUUGAAGAGAUUCUGGCGGCUAAAUGCGAGCCCACCGGCGAGAUCGCUGCAGGAGAGGAGGAGGGCGUUCUCAGCGUGAACUCCCUGCGACGCAGCAUCAGCCAGGUGAUCGACGGGAAGUCUCUCACAGGAGACGACGACGUCUGGGACCCCAACAUCUCAGCCCAUGACAGCGGGAUGGUGAGAGACGCCAAAAAUUUCAUGGAUGACGAGGAAUUUGUGGACACCAUCAAAGGCUUCAGCACCGUGAGGAAAGAGCACACGAUGUUCACAGACACCAACCUGUGACCCGACAAAAAAAACCAAAAAAAACAACCUUUUGUCGGGUCCACAGCUCGGUCAGGAGGGCAACAGCAUCAGUGAUGAAGAGACGUGUCACCACAGGGGACUCAC